CGCCACUUGCGAGACUGGUCAUUGGUCAGGAUGGGUCAUCAGGCGGAACCCUUUCGAUGCCAGGUCCUCUCGUCCCCGCGAAGGCACACAAAUCCCAGAUCUCACCUGGGAAGGAUUCAGCUCAGCUUCGACAGAGCGCAACCACAUGCUACGUUACGGGACAGCGCACGAACGUGGCCGAUGUGGAAGGGCGCUUCAGAAUUUCGGAUCGUCUCCUCACCGCAAUCAUCUCGAGCUCCUGGCUGGCGCCUCGCCCGGACACCGCCAGCUUCGAGACGCCCAUGCGCAGUCACAUGCACAGAACCUCAAACUUGGUGGUGCGAGACCCCGAUUCAAGCUCGCCAGGCUAAGAGGGGCCCAAGCGGGCCGGAUCCAUCUUGCGACAGACCUUGGCGAGCGAAGGGUCGCGCUUGGUGGCCUUCUAGACCCCUUCUCUGCCUGCAGGUACUUUUUCCCCCCGUGCAGACACCCUCAUCGCUUGUCGAUGUGUUACACUCGAGGGGCAUGCGCGCAUCCAAAAAGUACUUCGAGGCGUUGCAGCUUCCGGCAGCUGAAUUGGGAUGUGCAUCUGCCGGUCUUUCAUUCCUCGAUAGAUUGGCAAAGAAUGGGGACAGGGUCCUGGUCACUGAUUAGGAAAGCUGAAAACGAGACGACGGUCAGGAGGAACUCAAGCAGCCAACCCAACGACGCCUUGCUAGCGCAGAACAAGCUCAGGCGACAGCUAGAUGGUAGACAUCGGCUCGAGCUCAAGAUGGCCCAUUUUGAGUCGGAUGCACGUUGGCAUGAGGUAGCAUCACAAGUACCAAUGAAUGUGGACUUCAUGUUGGUGCCCUGCCGAGCAAUCAGGUCUUGUGCUGGAAACGCCCCAAAAGGAAAGAAAAAAAAAUUUGGCCAUGUGGCCAGGGGCGAGCAACGACUGAGCCCUUUCGAUUGGUUAAACCACGCUGUAGUAUGGCGAGCUUGGACCGGACAUUAUUGUCCUUUCACAGGCCUCGGCUAGAUGUGAUUGAACCCAGGCCAGGACUGACUCGGAUCAAGCUUGAGAGUCAGGUCCCCUUCCAUUCUGCUGUCAGCUUAAACCGUGGUGUCUGAAGAGGCGGAAGAUUGCUACAAGCAUUGGUAGCUCUUCAGGUUUGUCUUGACGAAUCCUUGCCACUCCUUCGGUACUAAAGGUCAUCAGCUUUGCAACGAGAGGCUUGAGGAAGUGUGAGAA